GAAAAACACAUUUAUGAUAACUAAAUCAUGUUUUCUUCACCUUCAACACCACCAAACCUUAGAAAAGAGUGACUGUUUUUCCUAAGAAAAACACCUAAGAAAAAGAAUGGAUAAAAUCCGGCAUAACUUCAUAAUCGUUCAAGGACUGAAGCUUCAUCUAGCAGAACUUGGAUCCGGUCUUAACGUGGUGCUGUUCUUGCACGGUUUCCCGGAGAUAUGGUACUCGUGGCGCCACCAGAUGGUUGCGGUAGCCGAUGCUGGAUUCCGUGCCGUCGCACCCGAUUACAAAAGGCUACGGACUUUCGGACCCUCCACCGGAACCCGAGAAGGCAACAUUUUCCGAUUUGGUUAGCGACGUUGUUGCGAUCAUCGAUCACCUCGGAGUUAACAACGUACUGUUUUUUUUAUUUAUGGACCAGCCCAUUUUAAUUAGUCCUCAAGGUUUUGAAAAAUCUUUAAAGAAUCCCUUAGUAUUUUCAGUUUCUCAAGUAAGGAAACUUUGUAAUGCAAUACUUUUGUUUGGAUAAAAAUUAGUAAAAAGA